AUGAGCGUACCAGAUUUAUUUGAUGAUUCCAACAGAUAUUACAAGGAAGCUGUUGAUGAUCCAUUAAAAAUUAUAGAGCCCUUGGGUAUGAGCUUUUUCAAUAAUAGAAAUAAUGAUAAAAGACCUAAUCCUUCUGACGAUUAACAUAAAGAUAGAUCUCCUCACAAAAAAAUACAUUCAUCUAAUAAUGAAUACUAACCCAAUACUCAUUUAGCCAAAAAAGGGAAUCUUAAGAAAUUAACUGGCAUUCUGUUUAGUAAAGACGAAUAAUUAGAGAAAAUAACAUAUAAUAGAGUCCAAUCGAUUAGAACUGAUAUGCCAUUUUUAGAGAAAAUACGAACUGAGUAAUUAAAAGAAUAAAAAAAUCUUAUUGUAGACACACAUUUCAAGAAUUCAGUUACUAAUUUUGAUCGCCAGGAAUAUAUUAAGCAAUAUAAUUUGAUUGUAGACCAGAUCAAGAUGGAAUAAUAUUCAAAUUUGAAGGUUAUAAAAUGCCAGAAUUUAUUGAAAAUUCUCACAGGAUUUGUUAAAAAAAACAGCUAAGUAAGCACAUUUUAUCAUGUUUAUGGAAGCUUUGAGAAUAUUGGAUAUAUUGAGUAUCUUAAAAAAGAUAUUGAACUGAAUAUGACUACCUCAAUCUUAAGUGUAUGGCUUUAAAACACUCCAAAACUUUAAAAUAUUAAGAAUUCACCAAAUUAUCAUGAAAUUGACAUGUAUAUUAAAGAAACUUAAGAUUUUAACAUCGAUAGUGGUGAAUCAGUUAAAAGUUACAUCAACACAUUAAAAGAACAAGCAUAAGAGUAAGAUUUUAGCUUUGAAGGCUUUGAUUUAUAUUUAGGCUUACGCUCUUGUCCUAAUGUAGAAGGGUAUUUGUAGUAAGAAAAGCAGUGCUAAAAAAGAAUGAUAUUUGAUUUGACUAUGAUUUGCAAUUUACUGGCUGAUUAACAAAAUUGUGUUAUUAAGUUUUAUCAUACAUUUAGCAUAAGAACUCUUAUGAUUUUGUACUUGUUCUCUAAAAUAUUUUAAACGGUUGUCAUGAGUAAACCUAGAACUUCUUCUUUCGCUUCAAAUGCUCGUUACCUUCACUGCACUAAUUUCAAGAUUGACAUUGGUAGAAAAAUGGGUGAGAUGUUCUUGGAAAAAUAUGACGAAUACAUUUAAGACAAUCUUCUUUUUGACUUGAGAAUACUUACUUAAGACACCAAAUUUUCUGGAAAUUUCAUUGAAAAGUUCUUGUAAAAUCUUUUGAGAUAACAAAUCGAUUAUUUUGAGUGUGAUGAAGUGGUGAAUCGUAAAUAUGCUGACAUUGUAAAACAAGAGCUUAAAAGCAUUUUUUCAGAGCUUUAUUACAAAGAUAUAACAGAAAAAUUCUAAAUAGAAGAUUUAAGUCUUAAAAGAGAUCUAGGAAUUAAAGAAAUGAAUUUAGAUGAGGCUCGUAAGUAAAUAGAAAAAUAUGGAUAAGAAUAAAGUCAAAAAGAAUAACAAUAAGAUAAUCCAUAGACCGAUUAAAAGUAGUAAAAGUAAAACUAACCUCAAUUUAGUGAUUCUGAAGAAGACGAUGAAGAAAACAAAAAGAACAACGAAUCAUCUUUUACAAAUUAAUUCAUAGAAAAUAGACGUAAAAAAGAAGAAGAAGAAAGACUCAAACUAGAACAAUAAAAAGAUGAAAAGUAGCGCCAAAACAAUGUCCCACCACCAAAGAAAGAUCCUAAUGUUAUAAACUAAAUUGUUGAUAGAGAUCUGAAUGAAACUAAAAAUUUCUUUAAAGGUUUGGUUCCUAGUUUUUUAAUAAAAAAGAAAAAAUGA